AUGGCAAUGCGGAACUUCAUUGGUAUUCACUUUUCUGGCUUUGGAGAUUUGAAUAUUGCUGUCUCACCAGUUUGUAGCUGUGAUUGUGAGAAUCAUGCUGUGACUAAUUCAAUGAAAUGCAAAGGAGGAACUCUUAUUUGUGCAAUGUGUGACUGUUUGCCUGGAAGGUUUGGAGACAGAUGUGAUUGCACAGAGGAUAUUGCAGAAGAUCCCAUCAAAUGCGAUCCAGCAAAUUCUACUGAUGACUCAUUUGCAUCUGUGUGUAACAAUCAAGGAGAAUGCAUAUGCGGUCGAUGUAGCUGCAGAGAGCAUUUCAGUGGUGAUCAGUGUGAAUGCUAUGAGCAAGCAUGCCCAAAAUAUAAUGGAGAGACAUGUGGAGGAAUUGAAAAAGGAAAAUGUACUUGUCACACGAGGACUCUCAUUCCCAAGUGUUACUGUAACCUUGGAUUUUCAGGCUCAGACUGCAGUUGCAGCACAUCACAAGAUGCAUGCAGGACACCAAAACUGGACAAUGAAGAGCAGUUGUGCAGUGAUAAAGGAGUGUGUGUAUGCAAUCAAUGUCAGUGUUACAGGGGAUUUAGUGGCCCUCUGUGCACGACAUGUGCAACAGGAAAUGCAUGUCUACAAGAACGUGGUCCGUGUUUCAGAUACAAAGAUUGCGCUGAAUGUCUAGGAUUUGGGACUGGUUACAACCUUGAUAACUGCUCCAAUGAUUGUGGCAAAUUGCUUGUAGAUAUACCAAGAGAAGGAUACAAAAUAGAUUCUUGUGAAAGUAAACAUGCAAGUGAUAGGGUGUUUUCAUACACUGUUGUUCGAAAUCAGGACAACUCAUUACUUGGUGUUUAUGUGGAUGCUGAUAAGAAUACCGGUAGUCACAAGUUAUUUUCAAACUUGCCUUUUCUGUUGGGUUUGAUUUUCGGUUUGGCAGCACUCGUUUUUAUUCCACUGUCAAUAUGGAAACUGGUGACUUUAUAUGGAUAACACGGAAUACAAACGUUUCCUCGAAGAGCGAGCUAAAGUGUACGUUAAUAUCGCAAGUAUGAAGUCCAGCAGCUAGGGUAUAGUUGGUGUGGAUUACAAAUUUGUUGCACGCCAUGCAUAAACCGGUGAUUAUUGUACGUGCGUCUGGUGAACACAAUGGUUUACUAACUAACUAGGUUUUGAUUGUGUUACGGGAGUCUGCAUGAAGCUGAGCAAAAAUUUGAUGUUGGCAACAUCUGCUU